UCUACACUUUACCUAACAAAUUUUCUUCCUUAGCUUUCCCAUUUCCCUCACAUCUCUCAUCAACCCAAACAAUAUGCCAAAAACACUUGGAACAAACCUUAAUCUUUGUUUCACUAAACUCAAACGUCCAUUGCCACCACAAUCUUCCAACCAUAACGAACAUCAACAACAACAGCAACAUCAUAGUAUGCAUUUUUGCAAUUCCAUUAAAAACUUCAACUCCCUAUACGACUUAUCAUUAGACUACAACUCCAAUCCUACAUCAUCAUCAACUUACUCCACCACUAUCCCUGAUGAAUCCGAUUAUAUUUAUGAAUUAGCCACUAUUCCUGAUUUAGCCACAGUUUACGCUUCCCAACGUUUCUUUUUCUCAUCCCCAGGCCAUUCUAACUCUAUUAUCGACUCAUCAUCAUCGUCAAUGUCUUCUUCCUUAGCAUCCACGUCAUCCUCCGUGGAACCACCAGAACCCGAUAUCGUCGUAGACGGAAGCAUUGCGAUUCCAACGUACUCACCCGACCCUUAUUUGGAUUUUCGACGAUCAAUGCAAGAAAUGGUGGAAGCGCGUGGAUUAAGUGAUAUAAGUGGCAAUUGGGAUUCGUUACAUGAACUUUUAAUGUGUUAUCUUACGCUAAAUCCGAAAAGCACACAUAAGUACAUAGUUGCUGCAUUUGCUGACCUUAUUGUCUGUCUUAUGUCACCAAAAUCACAACAUUUAGAUCCAUCGGCUGGCUGUACAAGUAAGUGUAAACAAAAAUGUAUUCUUGAUUACAAGAAUAUAUCUAAGUGAAUGAUUUAUUAGCAUCCUGUCUAUUUCAUCUUUAGUGGGCAGAGUUACCCAAUAUUGUACUGAUAAAAAUGUAUAUGAUGAAAUAAUCGAGAUGUU